ACACACACGCGCGCACGCUCACCGCAUAUAUAGACAUACAGGCUGUCUGUACAGCAUAGCACUAGGAAAUACUCCGACUAAUGGCGUCUUCACAGCGCGUCCGACAGAUCAGCUGAUUCUCAUAUCUGCCUGCAAAACUACAUGAACACAUAAGCUGCGCGGCAGGCAUCAUGACCACAGCAAGGUACCGACCUACCUGGGAUUUGGCCCUGGACCCGCUGGUGUCCUGUAAGCUGUGUCUGGGAGAGUUUCCCUUGGAGCAAAUGACCACCAUCACCCAGUGCCAAUGCGUCUUCUGCACCAUGUGCCUGAAGCAGUACGUGGAACUUCUUAUCAAAGAAGGCUUUGAAACCGCCAUCAGUUGUCCAGACUCAGCCUGCCCAAAACGUGGACAUUUACAAGAAAAUGAGAUUGAAUGCAUGGUGGCCACAGAGAUAAUGCAGAGGUACAGGAAGCUGCAGUUUGAGAAGGAGGUGUUGCUGGACCCAAGCCGGACCUGGUGCCCGUCUUCCACGUGCCAGGCUGUGUGCCAGCUGAAGGAGUCUGACACGGUACUUCCGCAGUUGGUGCGGUGCAGUGUUUGCACACUUGAGUUCUGUUCCGCCUGCAAGGCCAGCUGGCACCCGGACCAAGACUGCCAGGAGAACGUUCCCAUCACCUCGUUUCUACCUGGAGAGAGCAGUUCAUUUUUUAAGGCCGACGAUGACGAUGCUCCCAUCAAGCGCUGUCCCAAAUGUAAAGUCUACAUCGAGCGGGACGAGGGCUGUGCACAGAUGAUGUGUAAAAACUGCAAGCACGCUUUCUGCUGGUACUGCCUGGAGUCUCUGGACGACGACUUCCUCCUGAUCCAUUAUGACAAAGGACCCUGCCGGAACAAAUUAGGCCACUCCAGAGCCUCCGUCAUCUGGCACAGAACACAGGUUGUUGGUAUCUUUGCUGGUUUUGGCCUGCUCUUACUGGUGGCCUCUCCGUUCCUGCUGCUUGCCACACCAUUCGUCCUGUGCUGCAAGUGCAAAUGCAGUAAAGGAGACGACGACCCUUUACCCACCUAACAUACCAACACCGGUGGUCCCUGAACGAGGAAUUUGGCUCAUCUCCUUCAAACGUUUUUCUUUUCCUCCUCCGCCUUCGAGCUCUUCAUCAACCGGUGGGCAUCUCACGCCGCGGGUUAAUAUCACAGCUAGCUGAGUAGGCUCCAUCCCGACAGGCCUGAAGAGACUGGAGGAGACGUACCGAGCCUGCCGCUUGCUUUAGGUGGAGGUAUUGGAGAGCCGGGGGCUUCACUGACAGCGCCCUCCACAGGACUGGAGGAGCGCAGCGGCGCUGCUCCAUCCGGCCGCUUGUCUGUUUUCUGGAUGUUUCGCAUAUGUGGCUCUUUUGGAGGGUUUCUGUUAUGCAGAAAAUAUUUUCAGUGUGGUGUUUGUCUGUUUUCUAUGUGAAUAGUAGCAUUUCAGUCACACAGCCUGGUCUUUGUUAUUUGUUUUGCACAAAUAAGGGGCUUUUUUGGUCACUUUAAAUGGUCUUGAGUUGACUUUUUGGCUCAAGUGUACAGUUAAGAUCCUAGUUUAAAUGUUUUAAGGUGAGACACUGCAGGCAAAAAAAUCUUUUUGGCUUUCCAUAGUGUUUUUAGUCUAAUGAAAAGAAAACACAAAAUACAUUUUGCACUUUUAAAUUUGUGAUUUUAAUUAUGAUACAGAUGUUUAAAAUCUGUUGUCUUAAAAGGAUUUUUCCAAAAAUCACCACUUCAGCAGCACUUGGACAGUUAACUUUUUUAUUUAGGUCUGUAUUCUGUAAGUUUUUACAGAGGGAUUAGUUUAUACGCUGUAAAAAUGCUGGAUUCACUUAGUCCCUUAAUGUUGUCCCAACACAAAUUGAUUCAAUUAACUUAAUUGUUUUUUACAAAUUGAAGUGGAUUGAACAUAAAACAGUGAAAUUGUUAAAAAAAAAUUAAGAAUUGUGUUUAACCUCAUUUUAAACAUAAUCUCAUUGAACAUUUUAGUGUACAAAAAGGAGGGGAAAUUAUUUUGAAUAAAUAACUCUGAUAUUUUUUAAUUAUAGAAUGAUAAAAAGAGUUGCCAAUAUCCCCUCUUUAAAAGCCAUUGAUUCUGUGUAAAAGAUGAAACUAUUCAAAUCAACCGAACAGUCAAUGUUUAGAUAUUUUUGCUAAGCCUUUAGCAAAUUUAAUGAAAUAAUACCACUUUAGCAUGUUUCAACUUAACAUUUUUGAAAACUUGCCAUUUUAAAAAAAACUAUUCGCGUUAAUUAUAAUCAACCAACUGCAGGGAAGUAUGGCGAUAACUAUUAAUGAAAUUGUAAACCCCAUUUACCUGCAGUGUCUUGCCUUAUUAGCAAAAGUUUGCAUUUGAAUUUCUUUAAAAGGCACUUUUUUGUCUUUAGAUAUAAAACUUCAGAUAAAGCUAGUUUUAUUUGGCAGAAUUUAGCUGUUGAUGUUGUCAUCAGGGGAUGAUAUUUGCCAGUGAUAUUUCUCUCAGUGCACUUAAACCUUUUUUAGACUUCAGAUUGAGUCACUGAUGUCCCUGCAUUUAAAUAGAAAUAUGAUUCCAAAGCAGGACUUUUCUGUGCCAAAUAUUGACCCAUUAAAAGUGUCACAAUGACACUUUCACUUGAUCCAAACACCCACACUACUAAAUGCGAACUUUCAAAACCCUGAAACCAAAUAAAACACUUUUUUUUUGUAGCUAACGUCUCUCAUUUUUAGUCUUUUACAUUUUAUUUACAUUUUAAUGUUUUUUACAGAUUUGUUUAGGGUUUGUUUGUACCUAAAUGUUGUUUUUGCUUUGUUUUUAAUCUAAAUCUAUUUUUUUGUUCAUUUAAAAAAAUCUUUUUUAUUAAAUUAGUUUUUCUUUUUGUAGCUAAAGUUUCUCUUUGUUGUGUUUUUUAAUAAUUGUUGCUAAAGUUAAACCCCUCAUUCAUUUUCUCUUGUAAAAUGUAAGCACAUGUCUGAGAUUUGGUCGUUUUGUAUUUCAUUUUUGUCACAGACAGUUUAAAACAUGCACACAGCUUGUAUCUUUCACAUCAUUUCAGAUUUUAGUCGCUAUACUUUUUUAAUGGAUUAUAUGAUGAUUUCAAGACUGUUUGGCUUAAACAUAUUUACAAGUCUAGCACUGUAUCUAUGCAAGUUCAUAUAACUUGAAAAAAAAAAGUCUUGAACUGAAUGAUUGUCAUGAACAGGUUAGUAUGUAGUAGUUAAAAGGACAAAUAUGUCAGUUUAUGAUUAAAACUGAGUUGAUCAGUUUCUGAAAAGCCAUUUGCAAAUACUUCUUUGAGUCAGUAGACUGGUUUAUAGACAGAAAAAUGAUACUGAAUGUCAACAUCUUGCCUGCAUUACCAGAAAUAACAAGCACAUGUAAACAAACAAAAAAAAUGUUGUGCCAUCAUAUGUAACUGAUAAAUAUUUAAUUCAGAGCACCUGCCAUAUGUGUGUAGCUUGGUAAUAUGUAGCUCAUUAGGUUUCCUCUGAAUCCCCUCACUAAGUGAUUUUGAAUCAAUUAUUUUAUUUUUUAUUUCCGUCCCAUGUUUCAUUUAUGUUAUGUAACAAAAACGUGCCAUGUUGGUGGUUGAUUUGAUAAAGUGAAUGUUUUCUCUUGUAAUACAAUAUUAAUUCCACCAUUAGAAUCUCACAGUAUUCAUUAAGCUGAUUUCUGAUGUACAUAUGAUGUUAAUCGUGUCCAUCUUAUGGUAGCAGCCUGCAUUAUCCUGUUUUAGCCUUAACGUUUUUGAGCACCUCACUGGUUUCUUCUCCUGUAGCCUGUUUUUUUUUUUUUUUUGUAUGUAUUUAUCCUCAGGUUCUUUGAGAUUACUAAUGUUAGCACUUUUGUGUGAUGUUUAAAGGUCUACAUCAUUGGUCUCAAACUCAAUUCUUGGAGGGCCGCAGCUCUGCAUAGUUUAGCUCAAAGGUGUUCAAACUCUGUCCUGGAAGGCCGCUGCUCUGCGUUGUUUAGCUCUAACUUCCUUCAACACACCUGCCUGGACAUUUUUGUAUACCUAGAAAAAGCUUGAACAGCCAGGUCAGGUGUGUUUAUUAGGGGUUGGAACUAAAAUAUGCUGGAGACCGACCUUCCAUGACUGAGGUUGGGCAGCCCUGGUUUAGCUUCAGUCACCAACAACUCUCAACUGCUUAAUAGUCUCUAGUAGUCUUGAACACCUUGAUUAGUUGGAUCAGCUGUGCUUGAUUAGAGUUGGAGCAAAACUGUGCAGAGCUGCGGCCCUCUAGGAAUCGAGUUUGAGACCUGUGGUCUACGUUUAUGCUUUAUAUUCAGUUAAAUGUUGUACGUGAAAUGGCCAUGGUAUAGAGUAGGCUAAUAACUAAAUAUAUGUUGCUACAUUUUUUGUAUGUGCAUCUCAAUUUUGAACAUUUGGCUUUGGCUUGUGGUCAUACUUUUAUAUCUGCAAUCACCAAGCUUGACAGUGCCGUAUAUUUUUUAGAUCAUAUAAAUCCUUUAGAGCAUUUAAUGCACCUUCAGAUCUUCAUCUAGCUAUCACUAGUGAAGCCUAGCAACUAAUCUUUGACAAGCUAAGAAACUGUAAAUCUUUUUUUCAACAUGUUAGAAACAUUCUAAUUUACAUGCUAAUUAUGAGUUAAAUGUGCUAGCAACAUGUCACUUCAUGCUUUGCUAAAACAGAAACUUUUUUAUUUUAUUAGGAUAGAUAAAAUGCAAGUAAAUAGCUAAUCAUCAUGCAUCAUGGUAUUUUAUGGUAGAUAAAUGCUACGAUGUAAACAUUGUGCUAGAAGUGUUCUAAAAAUUACAAAUGCUAACAUGCUAAUCAUGUUAGUAGGCUAAAUUAUAUUUAUAUUUACAUGUUAAUACUUGUUAACAUUAAUCAAGCUUGAGACAUGUUACUAGUGCCAUGUAACCAUGCUAGAAACAUGUUCAUUCCUGCAAACAGUGUUAAACAUGCUCGCAGCAUGUCACUUCAUGCUAGUACUUUGCUAAAACACUCUGUUAUUAGGCUAGAUAAAAUGCAAGUAAAAAAUGCUAAUUCAUGCUGAAAAUGUUAGCAGCAUAAUUAGAUAAAUGCUAACAACGUAAAUGUUGUGCUAGAGGUGUGUAAAAGUUAUCAUGCUAAUCAUGUCAGUAAAUUAGAUUUAUGCUGACAUGUUAAUUCUUGUUAACAUUAAUAUGUUGCUAGUGCCAUGUUAGCCAUGCUAGAAACAAGUUCAUUCCUGCUAACAGUGUUAAACAUGCUAGCAACAAGUUAACAAAAUGAUAAAGUGUUGAUUUAUGUAAAAAUAGUGUUUAAACAUGUUUAAAAAUCUGUUAAUUCAUCAUAAUUAAAGAGGCAUGCUAACAACCCAUUAAGCCGUGCUAGCACAUGAAACAGGCUAGAAACAUGUUUUACAUAUAAGCUAGGCUUUCUAAAGUUAGUAAACCAGUAAUUAAGCAAGUAGCUAAUUCAUGCUAAAAGCGUUAGCAACAUGGUUAUAUUUUUUAGCAACAUGGUAAUUCAUGGUAGAUAAAUAAUGAUAAUGAUGUAAACAUUGUGCUAGAAGUGUUCAGAGAAUUACAAAUGUUAUGAUGCUAAUCAUGUUAGUAGGCUAAAUUAAAUUUAUGUUGACUUGUUAAUUACUGUUAACAUUAAUCAUGCUUAAAACAUGUGGCUAUUGUGCCAUGUUAAUCAUGCUAGAAACAUGUUCGUUCCUGCUAACAGUGUUAAACAUGCUAGCAACAUGUUAGCAAAAUGAUAAAUUGUUGAUUUAUGUAAAAAAUAAAUCAAUGUGUUAAAACAUGUUAAAAUGUGUUAAUUUAUAAUAAUUAAACACACAAGAGGCAACAUGUUAAGCCAUGCUAGCACAUGAAACAGGCUAAAAACAUGUUUUUACAUAUAAGCUAGGCUUUCUAAAGUUAGUAAACUUACUAAAAGUUAGUUAGUAAGCAUUUGCUGGUAAGGUAUGUUUUAAUGCUGGUCUUGCUGGUUUAAUGUUGUCUUGCUGGUUUAAUGUUAUCUUGCUGGUCCUGAAAUCAGCAGGACUAGUAUCAAAACGUAAAAACAUGUACUUUUUUUUCUUUAGCAGUGUAUUCAGUCGGCAUCCAGUACUCAUUUUAAUCAGCAACACGUGGCCAUUUCAUGUAGAACAAUAUGAGUUCAAGCUUCUAUAUAUUUAUGUACAUGUGAAUAUUGACAGUUGUGCCAUGCAAAUUUUUAAGACAUCGAUGAGGGAACUUUUAUUUUGACAGGAUAUAUGUACUCAAAGCGGAUCUUUGAUGUUUUAUGGGCUACUGUAUACAUUCAGCUUAUUGUGUUUCAUUUGACUGUUUUGUUGUUAUACUCAACUUGAUGCUCAUUUUAUGUUGUAUAAAGAUAUUUUUGUUGUACAUUAUAAUCAUUUCCUUACAUCAGGGUUAUUGAAUUUGUAUUAUUGGAUGUUUAUUCAGUCAAGUGUUGUUUUUUGUUGUCUCCAUUUGGGUUGCGUCAUGCUUGUUUGAAAUGCCAUUUGUUCCUACAGUAAACCUAAUUUGAAACAACUGAAGCUUUACAUGUAAAUGAUCCCACAAACAGCCAAAACCUAGUGUUCUUGUUUGUAAUAGUUUACUUACACAAAAAAAUAGCCUUGCAAAUUUAUUUUUGUAUUUCCAGGUUCAGCUUUCUGCAAGCUCUUAGUUAUGAGCAAGAAUUCGAAAAGUGCUACAGUGGUUUGUUUGUCUUUCACUCUUGGCGUUUACCCAUUCCACAUAGUAAUCGUUAUUUUACAUGUUUUGACUCGUGCCCUUUUGUUUAACUUGACUUUUAGGAUUUUUAGGGACCUUUGCCAUUGCUUUAAAAGCUGGUUUUGCCUUUCACUGUUCUUUCAAUGGCCUUUUCAGUGUGCCAUUUGUUUGUUUUUGAUGUUGUAUUCUCUGAAAACCACAACCAAAUUCCACUUGUACAGUAUGUAAAUUUGCAUGUAUGUGAAUCUUGAGGAAAAAAUACAACUAUAAAAAUCUUGUA